AUUGCAAACAUGGCGGAAGUCUAGAGGCGUCAGCAUGGAGAGAAAGAAGAACACUAUUCAAAGUAAGGGAAUGUAGCUAAGCCGAAGAAAAGACACUCCGGAAUGGCGGACGAAACAUUAACGAUUUUAAUCAAGCUGUUUGCGGCUGCUUUCUAUGGCAUCAGUUCUUUUCUUAUAGUUGUGAUAAACAAAAGCGUCCUGACAAACUACAGGUUUCCCUCAUCGAUAUGUCUUGGCAUUGGACAGAUGCUGGCGACUGUAGUAGUGUUGUGGGUGGGAAAGGCUCUCCGGGUGAUAAGUUUCCCGGGGUGUGACCUCAGCAUACCUAAGAAGACCUUUCCUCUACCUCUUCUGUAUGUGGGGAAUCAAGUAACUGGACUGUUUGGAACAAAAAGGCUAAAUCUGCCAAUGUUUACAGUCUUGAGAAGAUUUUCCAUUCUCUUCACGAUGCUUGCAGAAGGCUUCCUGUUAAAAAAGAAAUUCUCCCGGUCUGUUCAGCUUACUGUAGUCACAAUGAUCCUUGGAGCUUUCGUGGCUGCAAGUGCUGACCUGUCCUUUGACCUGCAAGGGUAUGUGUUCAUCUUGCUGAAUGAUGUCUUAACUGCUGCUAAUGGGGCUUUUGUUAAGCAGAAACUAGACUCCAAGGAGCUGGGAAAGUAUGGCCUACUAUAUUACAACGCUUUAUUUAUGAUCCUGCCAACACUACUUUUGGCACAUGUCACUGGAGACAUGGAGAGGGCUCUGGAUUAUGAUGGAUGGUCAGAUGUUUUCUUUGUUGGACAGUUCAUCAUGUCUUGCAUAAUGGGGUUUAUUUUGAUGUAUUCCACUGUGCUUUGCACUCAGUACAACUCUGCAUUAACAACUACUAUUGUUGGCUGCCUAAAGAACAUAUUGGUGACCUAUAUUGGAAUGGUGUUUGGAGGGGACUAUAUUUUCACAUGGACUAACUUCAUGGGUCUGAACAUCAGUAUUGCAGGAAGUUUAGUGUACUCCUACAUAACGUUCACAGAGGAGCAGAUUGCCAAACAGAGUGAAGGUAUCGACAAACUGGAAGGCAAGGGGAAAGUGGCUGUAUGACCAGGCGUUUUGUCACUCCUUGUCAAUGGCACCAGGGAACAAUAUCUUUUAGUAUUUAUUACAAGUUUUAGUAGCCUGUAAGGAGCAGCCUUUUCAAGAUGGACAUGAAAAGAAGCCUUCGGACUAGUGAAAGGUAGUAAAAGUUUCAGUAAAAUCUCAACUAGUCAAGAUCAGGUUGGCAUUAAAUCCAACGGUAUAGGUAAAUAAAUAAAUAAAUAGGUUUUGUUGUUGUUGUUGUAAAACAAACAAGCAUCCCAGGCAUGGUGAAGGUUUCAACAAAGGGAGUGAUGGUGUUGAAAUCCAGAUUGCUCCAUGCUUUUAUGUGCAGUGUUCACACUGAGGUGCUUGUUGUUUAUUUUAUAAAUGUUUUGGACUAGUUACUUAGGUCAUUAUUUAUUGUCAGAUUUUUUAGCAAUUAAGGUUUUGCUAUUAUUUUCCUUUUUGGUAUUUUUAGUAAGAAAAAGGGAGAUGCAUACUGUAUUUUGGAAUACUUUUGCUGUGUUUUGGGUAUACUCAACUUGAAUUCUUAUAUCAAAAACUACAGGAAUGUUCCCUAAAUAGCUUAUGAGAAUAUUAUGACAUUUGUUUAUUUGUGAUUGUGCUACAUGUCUGUUACUUAAUGUUGAGUAAAUGCUUAGGAUAUUAAGCUUCAAGAAAGGGGUUCUGUUCUCAAUAUUAUAAAAGUCUCUUUGGACAUUCCUUUUUGAAAAUGUCAGCAUUUUUUUUUUCUAAACUUUUGUACUGAAGAAUGUCGCAUAGUAUCUUGUUUUGUACUGAUACCCUGUUAUAUGCGCUUUUGUUUUAAAAGUGAACAAUGUCAUCAUUGCACUUUGAGAGUUUACAGAUCCUUUUUUUCAUUAACAUUAAGGAAGCAUAUGCUGCAGUUUGUUGAGGAUUUAUUCAGAUUUGUCUUAGUUUUAGAAUUAUACUUGGUUAAUGAGUAAUGAGGGAAAUUAAAAUUUCUUGCAUACAUCAAGAUUGAUAUUGGUACUUUUUUGACCAAGUCAAAAUGUUGAUAUGUUCUGGGGGUUUGUCAAUAUUUUCUAGAUGUUAUACAUCUGGAAUACCCCAUGUAAUUAUGAAUGUAUCUAGUGCAUGUACUUUCAACUACAUGUAGUGACUUGGUUAUUGUCGAGCAGUUUAAUUGUUUGAUAUGGAUGUUAUAGAAAUGUGUAGGUUUGAAAGACUUUCUGUGCCUUGUUUCUUUUUGUUCAGUUAUUUUAAAGGUACUCAAAAGACCACUAACCAUCUUGACAUGAACAUGGCUUGUAUUAACCAUAACCUUAUUCCCAUAAAAAAAUCUGGUUUGUAAAUUUUUUUGUUUAGUUCAUGUAAGAAGUUCAGUGAUUUGUAUCAAUGAGAAACUGAGCUUGUGUCUGCAUAUAAUAUUAAAAUACCUCAGUUAAGUUUUC